AUGGACAGUGCGCCUGCGCCGAGCGCGCACGAGCGAAGUCCUGUUGCCGCGCGCGAACGUCCCGCGGGGUUCGUCCUGAUGGAGACGGGCACGCGGCCGGCGACGCCGCGCGCGCCGUUCAUGCCGUCGCCGCGGAAACGCGCCAGGGGCACUCCACAGAAAGUGACACGCGUGCCGCUCGGCGAAAGCACGCUCAAUGCACGCGAAGACGAGGCGCGGGGCGGGAAGGGCGAGGAAGAGGCGCGUGUGCGCGAGGUGCGCAUCGCGUCGCAGCACGAUAUCGCGCCGCGGCGUGCUGAUACGCCGGACGAGCUCGAGGAUGCGCCGCUGCACAAUGCACACCGCCGCGAUCCGUUUACACGCCCGACGACGUCCAUGAGCCGCGCCCGCGAAGACGAUAGAGGGCUUGCACGGGGGGAUACACGGCCGGCCGGGCCACGGCCAGCGACGGCCAUGGCACGGACCGCCAUGGCACGGCCAGCGACAUCGAUGAGUGCACGGAGAGACGCACGCGCGCCCGAGCGGACAGCGUCGCCGGUGCGUGCACCCGAGCGGACUGCAUCGCCGGUGCGUCCUGUUCCCGACCGGACCGCGUCGCCGGUGCGCCAAGUGCCCGAGCGGACAGCGUCGCCGAUGCGCGCUGCCGAACGCACCGCGCCGGUACGCCCGCCGGCCCGCGCCGCGUCUCCAACACGGCCCAUGCAGGGGUCACAGACGCGUGUCCUGCGCGCCAAGAUCACCGACGGCGUCGUGCGGCCGCGCCUCAAGCGCGACGACGCGCCGGGCCCGAGCCGUGCGCCAGCCAAUGCGCCGAUCCGUGCGCCGACGCCGCAGAGCGUGGCGAGCCGCGCACCAACGUCGCUCGGGACCGCUACGGGCCGCACGCCGGCUCUUGCGCCCGUUGCGAGCCGCGCACCCAUGUCGCUCGGCCAAGCGUCGCCUGUGCGGUCUGCGCCUGUCCGCACGAUCCCACGGACGCCGUCGCCGCUCAAAGCGAUGCGCCCCAUGCCUGUCGCUGCCGAGCGCGUCGACGUCGAUGCGAUUGCCGACGAGCUCGGCGAGAGCUCGUUCCUCCUGGACGAUGCAGAGGAAAGCGGCCCCGACUCGGUGCAAGUGCAUAUCCGCCUGCGCCCCACUGAAGCCGACGAAGAGUGUGCGUGGCUUGCGACGCCCACCUCUGCCACUGUCAUGCUCGAUCCGUGCAUUGCUGCGACCAAGCUCCAGCCGAAUGUCGGCCUGCCGUUCCAGUUUGACGGCCUGCACACGGGCAGUUCGAAUGCCGACGUGUAUGCGAUGCUUGCGCGUCCCUUGGUGCAGAGCGUCUUGCGUGGCUACAAUGCCGUGAUCUUUGCAUACGGCCAAACGGCCAGCGGCAAGACCUUUACGCUGAGUGGUGGCGAGGGCGGCGGCGAGCCCGGCAUUAUUCCCCGUGCGAUCUGCGACGUGUUCCAAGGGAUCUGCCAAGGCUCGAGCGAGCGCGAGUACCUCGUGCGCGUCAGCUACCUCGAGAUCUGGAACGAGAUCGUGAAGGAUUUGUUGGAUCCUACGAGCCAGCCGCAGGUGCGCGACGACCGCCGCCGCGGCGCGAAUGCAGUGUUUGUCGCGCCGCUGCAGGAAGAGGUCGUCACGUCCCCGAGCCAGGUCUUUGCGCUGCUCGAGCGCGGCGAGGCGAAUCGGCACGUCGGCGCGACCGACUGGAACGAGCGCUCGAGCCGCAGUCAUACCUGCUUCAAGAUCACGGUCGAGUCGUGGGAACGCUCGCAAGGCGGCGCCGCGGACCACGUCGGGCGGCACUAUCGCAUCAGCGAGCUGAGCCUCAUUGAUCUCGCGGGCAGCGAGCGGCAUACGUGGGGCGCACGAGGGCGCUCCGAAGGCGCCAACAUCAACAAGAGUCUCCUGAGUCUCGGUAAAGUAAUCUACGCCUUGUCGGAGCGCAGCGCUGCGGAAAAGAGCGAGCGGAGCCGCACGACAGCGAUCCACGUCCCGUUCCGCGACUCGAAACUCACACGCAUCCUCCAAAAUAGCCUGAACGGCAACGCACGCAUUGCUGUUGUGUGCACGCUCAAUCCCUCGCCGGCGAUGGUCGAAGAGUCGCUCGGCACGCUCAACUUUGCCAAGCGCAUCAAGAAGGUCGCCGUGCGUGCAGAGCCGAACGAGAUCGACGGCGACCUCUCGCUGCUGGUCGGCGCGCCGAGCGCCGAAACGCACGCACUCCUUGUGCGCUACCGCGCAGAAAUGGGCGCGCUGCGUGCCAAGGUCGCGCAGCUGCAGCAGGCCCCGGCACCGUCCUCGACGCCGCCCCGCCGCGCGGCGUCGCCGGCAACGGCCACGGCCACGGCUACGGCCACGGCCCCGACUCCGGCCUCGAUCGAAGCACUGCAGGAGCGCCUCGACGAGCUCGGCACGCUCAUCCUCCGUGGGGGCGACGGGCCGCGCCCGUCUGAGCCGCAUCCCGUCUCGCCGGCCAAGCAGCGCGGCUUUGCGUUUGACGAUCCUCUGCCCAUCGUCCAGGAAAAGCUGCACGCGGCGCUGUCCAAGAUCAGCCGCCUCGAGCGCAAGCUCGCGACGCGCCUCUCGAUGCCGGGUGUGCCGGGCGACGCAGACAAGGACGCACGCAUCGAGGCGCUCCAGCGCCAGGUCCGCGAGCUCGAGACGGUGCUUGCAGCGCAGACGCCCGCGGCGCCGGACGCCCUUCGCGACGAGGUCCAAGCCGAGUUCCAGCAGGAGCUCGACGCGGCGGCGGAGCGCAUUGCCGAGCGCGACGCCUUUCUCGCCGAAGUCACGGCGGAGUGUGCGCGGCUGCGGCGCGCGAACGAGCAGCUCGUUCGCCUCGCGCACCAGGAUACCGAAAAGAUGGUGGCGUCGCUCACCGCACGUCCGGAGCGCCCAGUCAUGUCACUCUUUGCGCCGCACUUGCGGCCGGCCACCGUGCUUGGCCGCGCGCCGCUUGGGAUGCCGGCGUCGGUGCCGAGUACGCCGAACAAGGCGUGGGAUGCGCCGAUCUCGAUCGACGGGACGGAGAGCGAAACGCUAUCGAGUAGCGAUCUCGACGAGGUGCUCGAAUAA